CAUUCCAAACAGAGUCCAAAAUUCUCACUCCCCGCAAUCUCUCUCUCUCUCUCUCCAUAAAUACCUACCCCUCUCUUCCUCACUUUCCACAUCCUACAUUAACUCUCUCUCUCUCUCUCUGUACACACAGGGUCUUUUGUUAGAAUGGCAAAGGAAGUUGAGGAAACAGUAGUAACAGAGCAGGAGUUCUCAGCCAAGGACUACCACGACCCGCCUCCAGCUCCGCUAGUGGACGUGGUGGAGCUGACAAAAUGGUCGUUCUACAGAGCUAUCAUUGCAGAGUUCAUAGCCACACUUCUCUUCCUCUACAUCACCGUCCUCACCGUCAUCGAUUACAAGAGCCAGAUUGACCCCAUCAAGAACCGUGACCAGUGUGGCGGUGUCGGCAUCCUCGGCAUCGCAUGGGCCUUCGGCGGCAUGAUCUUCGUCCUUGUUUACUGCACCGCCGGUAUUUCUGUAGUGUUGGAGAAAAUAGAUGAGCAAGAAGGUUUCAAGCUGUUUGGGACCACAGAUUCUCGUGAACCUGAAAAUGCAGUAGAAAUACUCGAGGAAAGGGAACAAAAGGUCUUAUUUCAUGAAUCCACUGAGUUGGGAAGAGCAAGCAACUUGCGCAAAAGUUUAGAUUGGGAUACUGCUUUUUUCACCAGUGCAGGACUUCUAGAUCCAGAAGAGUUGUUUAUUAUAAAUAAAGGAUUUGAGAAGGUUGAAGCUCACCUAUUACCCGUAACUCAAGAAGAUCUGUGUACGCGGAGAUAUGCAGACUCAGAAUCUACAUUAGAUGGUGAUGACUUCUCCUUGGACAGCAACCAAAGCACUGAGGUUGAUUUGUUUGAAGAAAUAAGAGGAUCCAUUGAGAAAUCCAAUAUAAUGUCCAAUAUUUGCAAGUCAAUUUGCAAAUCAGGAGUUGGAGAAGCCCACAAACGGGAAACCCACUCCUUGAAGAAACUUGAUGACAUCUCUCGAAAUAGGGUGAAAUCCACACCAACUUCUAGAAGCCAAAUCGUCUAUAUGCAAGGAUCAAAAAGAGUUAAGGAGGUUGUCCAUCCACAAAUCGUCCAGGAUGCUAAAAAGAACAUGGUGUCAGUAGGACAAAGAAAAAAGAUUUCCUUAGGUGCAGACCAUGUCAAGAUGGGAAAUAAAGAUGCAACCCUUGGAUCUGGAAAAGAUUUAGUAUCCAAGAAAUCUGGAUUGGGGAACUCAUGUUGUUCCACUAGCUCUACAACAUCCCUUGAAUCAUCUUCUUCAGUUUCUGUCACUACCAGUAAUGAUUCAUCAGCUUCUUGUUCUCCAUCUGGUAGUGCUUCGUCGUUGAAAUCUUCCUCAAACUCGAGAAGAAAAGCAGAUUCCAGGAAAAUG